AAUUGAAUUCGUCUGCAUCAGCAUCGACUUGAGAGAUCCUGUGCCUGUCGACGUCAACAGUCAACCGGUUCAAACCGAGUGUAAAAUCAACGCUCACUCAUCGUCGCUCUGAGACGCGUGCAGCAGCUUCGACAGCAGAGAGGAGUCCUGCUGCCAAGAUCGGUGUGGGACGCUGCUUGCAAAUAAUCGCGAAUCGCAUCCCGCGGGGCAUCAAUUAGUGGCGCGCUUCGGCGGAAUUUUUCGACACGCAAUUAAGAAUUCAAAUUAUCUGGCAACGUGACACCAUCUCCGGCCAUCUGCCGGGGGUUCGGGUUCGGGUGCUCUAAUCCGGGCUUCCAUCAACAGCAAUUAUAUCGUCACCGCCAUGCUAAACAGCAGUGCUACCGCCGCUCUUCAUUCGAUGCUCUGCCGCCGGAAUGGGCUUCUUCCAAAAUCAACAGCUUGUAGGCGGCGUGGGAAGACCGACCGGUGCCCGUAACUGGAGAAUCUUGAGGAGGUGAAGCUCAGUUGGAGGAAGAAUAACUGAUGUUUUUUUUUGAAUGUCUGAACGCUUGAAACGUGAUAUUCUGUGCUAUGCGACGGUGCUUAAAAGCUCAUAAAAUGCUUUAAUUAAGUGACAGAGUGCUGUUCCGAAUGAUCAACAGACAGUGAUCCGAAGUGGACUAAAGAAGAUGGAUUGAAGCGAAUGUGAACCGUUCAUGAAAAAUCGAUGUUGUUAAAUUCGAUCCAGCUGUGAUGGAACUAUAGUUCGUCAGAAUAGGUCUCUUUCGCAACCACCAUCAAAAGGAAGAUUCACCGGCAGCAUCGCUAGCUCCUGCGCAAGAAUGUAAUCCAAAAUUACAUCACGUUCAUCGGAUUAAUCAUCACACAUACACACACACAUACACGACUGUCCUGCUCCCGAAAAGCCCGAAGAGCUACACCGUGGGGAAAAACUUGCCCCAACUUGUUAUCAGUGGCAGCCUGUGGGGAAAAAAAAAGUUGCACCAAAAACGAACGAACGAACCGAACCAAAAUAUCCGGGAGGUGUGAGCAGUAAUCUCGCACCAUGAAAGGAUCCGACUCCAGUACAAAACUAUGGAGCGCCUCGUCUUCGCCAUCAGCCAGCAGUCACGAUCUGAUGAUGACCAGCGACCAUCAGCUGCAACAGCACCAGCAGCAACACAUCCACCCAACCCACCACCACCAGCACCACCACAACCAACACCGGCAGUCCUUGGCGAUGAACUCGCUGAACGGCGGCAGCAGCAGCAGCAGUCACAACUCGGAAACGGGUUCAACCCUGCUUCUGCUCGGGACAAUCAGCGAUGGUCCUGGUCCUGGCGGCGGCGGCGGUGGAACAGGAGGCGGAUUGAAACUGACGAGCAGUUCAACAUCAGCUGACAAAAGCAGCCACAAUGGAUACACAGUGAUGCGCUCGACUUCGUCCUGUACGAUCCAUGGCUUCAAUGGUGCCGGGGGAGGUGUAAAUAGCAACAGUGGUAGUGGUAGCCACUUCACAAAUGGCUGUAGCAGUACUAGUAAUAGCAGCAGCAGCAGCAGCAGUAGUCAUAGUAAGGGUAAUUAUUUCUUCGGAGGCAGCAGCGGACCGUACGGUGCGAGCGUAUCCGGAUAUGCAAACAUUCUCGCACGGUGCUGCAUCUACCUGACCAAGGGACUGAACCUGCGGAUAUGUGCCGUCGCGCUGGUGAUAGUUACGAUAUUCUCCAUGCUGUAUUAUAACUACUAUAUGGAUAGUUCGCCGAUAGCUAGCUUUAUGCACCGUGAUACCCGACCUGCACCGCUGAUUCACUGCCGGAUGCUGAACGGAAAGGUCCCCAUCGAAGCAUCGCCGGCACCGGACCACCGAUCCGAAGCCCGGCUCCGAAUCGAUCCGAAGGUACUGGUAUUUGUCGAAACAACCUACUCCCGGCUGGGACGGGACAUUGCCGAGCUGCUCGUCUACAAUCGGAUCAAAUACAAAAUCGAAGUCGCCGGCAAGAACGUCCCGGUGCUAACCAUCCAGGACAAGGGCCGGUACGGUGUGAUCGUGUUCGAGAACCUAGAGAAGUACCUGCAAAUGGACAACUGGAAUCGGCAGCUGCUCGACAAGUAUUGCCGUGACUAUUCGGUGGGGAUCAUCGGUUUUGUAGCACCCGGCGAGGAAACCCUUGUCGGAGCUCAGCUGCGAGGUUUUCCACUGUACGUGCAUACGAAUCUACGACUGCGGGAUGCUAGUCUAAAUCCGGGUUCCCCGGUGCUACGAUUAACCCGGGCAGGCGACACUGCCUGGGGUCCUCUGCCGGGCGGAGAUUGGGCCGUGUUUCAGCAUAAUCACAGUACCUAUGAACCAUUGGAAUGGGCCCAAAGGAACACACAGGACUAUCCGACGGAUGGUGUCCAACCACCGUUGGCAACCGUUAUUCAGGAUCACGGCCGGGUGGACGGUAUUCAGCGAGUGUUUUUCGGUGCCGGGUUAAGGUUUUGGUUGCACAGGUUGUUAUUUUUGGAUGCGUUAUCCUACUUGAGUCAUGGACAGUUAAGCUUGAACCUGGAACGGAGAAUAUUGAUCGACGUAGACGACAUAUUUGUGGGAGAAAAAGGCACUCGACUCAAGCCGGAUGAUGUUCACGCGUUGAUCGCUACUCAAAAUCGAAUAUCGCGAAUGGUUCCGGGGUUUAGGUUCAAUUUGGGAUUUUCUGGGAAAUAUUUCCACCACGGGACGCACGAGGAAAAUCUCGGAGAUGACAUGUUACUGAGGAACGUAGAUCAAUUCAAUUGGUUUUCGCAUAUGUGGAACCAUCAGCAACCGCAUCUGUACGACAAUGUGACAAUGCUGAUGAAUGAUAUGAUGCUAAACAAGGACUUCGCUAAGGAGAAAGGUAUUCCAACGGAUUCGGGAUACUCUGUGUCGCCCCAUCACUCUGGAGUCUAUCCGGCACACGAGCUUCUCUAUAUGGCAUGGAAAAAGGUUUGGAACAUUAAAGUAACAUCUACCGAGGAAUAUCCGCAUCUUCGACCGGCGCGUCUCCGCAGAGGCUUUAUCCAUCGCAAUAUCAUGGUGCUUCCCAGACAAACCUGCGGCCUUUUCACACAUACAAUGUACAUUGAUCGCUAUCCUGGUGGGCGAGAUAAACUAGAUGAAUCCAUCCAAGGCGGAGAAUUGUUUCAAACCGUAGUCUACAAUCCAAUCAACAUCUUCAUGACUCACAUGUCAAACUACGGAAGCGAUCGGCUCGCUUUGUACACAUUCGAAUCCGUGAUCAAAUUCCUACGAUGCUGGACCAAUCUUAAAUUGACCUCUGCUCCACCGUUGCAACUUGGCGAAACAUACUUUAAACUGCACCCGGACGAAGCGGAUCCUGUCUGGGGUAACCCCUGUGACGAUCAACGACACAUCAAAAUCUGGUCCCGUAACAAAAGCUGCGACACACUGCCAAAAUUCCUCGUAAUCGGACCCCAGAAAACUGGUACCACUGCCCUGUACACCUUCCUAAGCCUGCACCCGUCGCUAGCGAGUAAUCUUCCCAAUCCGGAUACUUUCGAGGAGAUUCAAUUCUUCAACGGCAACAACUACUAUCGGGGUUUGGAUUGGUAUCAAAACUUUUUCCCUGUUCAGCCAAAUGGAACCGGCGGACGGUACAUGUUCGAGAAAUCGGCAACUUACUUCGAUGGGGAAUUGGUACCGAAACGAUCCCACGCCCUGCUGCCGCAUGCCAAACUAGUCACGAUAUUGAUAUCGCCUGCGAAGCGAGCCUACUCCUGGUACCAGCACAUCAAAGCCCACGGUGAUCCGGUAGCGAAUAAUUACACCUUCUUUCAGGUUAUCAUGGCCACCGAUUCCGCUCCCAAGUCGCUGAGGGAUUUACGCAACCGUUGCCUCAAUCCGGGCAAGUACGCUCAGCACCUGGAACGAUGGCUUGCCUACUACCCGCAGCAGCAGCUGCACAUCAUCGACGGCGAACAGCUCAAGUCCAAUCCGGUGGAGGUGAUGAUGGAGCUACAGCGCUUUCUGAAAUUGUCGCCCACCUUCGACUACAGCGAGCAUCUACGGUUCGAUAACAAGAAAGGUUUCUACUGUCAGAUUGUCAACGAGAACAAGAACAAGUGUCUGGGGAAAUCGAAGGGACGCCAGUAUCCGCCGAUGGACGAGCGGAGUGCCAAGUGGUUGCAGAGGUACUACCAAAACCACAACAGUGCUCUCAACAAGCUACUGAAGAAGCUCGGUUCCCGUCCCAUCCCCCAAUGGCUUAAGGAUGACCUCUCUACGACGUCCUAACAGCAGCGGCAGCAGAAGCAGCAGCAGCAACAACAACAGCAAACGAUUAUUCAGUGUAAAAUGCUCUGAAAAAUGGUACAUCUGCACAUUUCCUCUGUUGUUGGUAGGCAUUCUAGCAGGAUUCUAGGCGCUCCGCUUUUCCCUCCCCCUCUUCCUCUUAGAUGGUUAGCAAGUUAUUUAUUAGUCAGUCCAAUUGUACAAAACAAGAUAAACAUGUAUGAGAUUUAAUUUUAGGACAGGCAGCUGAGCCUACCGGAUGCAGGAGAAUCGAGAGCUACUUGUUAUUUAGAAUAAGACCAGUUAGUUAUUCGCUGGAUGUACGCUUUAAUUUUAGUUUGUACGAUUGACCCUUUGUGAUUAUCAUUCCUUGCUUUGGAAAGGAAGCAAAAUUUUAAUUUGUUAAGAUACGUCAGUCCUAGCGAAUAGUACGAUUCACUUCACAGUCUUUAACUGUAAAACUGAAAGUAUUGUCCCCUUUGAUUAAUAUAAGUUAAAUAAUGUAAGAUUUCUUCAGUUUGAUUGAUCCUAUAAAUACCUCAUCGAAAUGAGAACGAAAAUUAGGAACGUGUAGCUAAGUGGAUUGUGUCUUGGGUGCUGGAACAGUCAGCGUUCGCCACCAGGUGGCCACAAACGUAACUGCGAACGAGCGAGUUAUGGUACGAAUGUACAUUACAUUCUGCUAGCAAGUGAAGUAACCGAAUAAUUUAUCCAUUGUAAAACGGGUUCAGUUUUCCACUAUAUUAUAAUUGUAUCAGAUAAAUCUAUUCACCUGACACCAGAGUGGUUUACUGAAUGGUAGUCAGUAAAUUGUAAAUUUUAAGUUUUCUCUCCUAACUGUCGUUCCAGAGUCAGUUGUUUUGUUGCCAUAUUUUAACUGUAAGUUAAACGACCUCUUAACCCUAAGACCCUGCUUCCUAAUGGUUUAAUCUCUAUUGAUAACAUUGGAUGUACUUAUUCUAAGAUAAAUGAAGAUCGGAGGACGAUAACUGAAACAUGUACUUACUGCUUGAAAAUGGACAAAAACAAAAAUGUCUUCUUUCAUAUGCUAAGAACGGUGUUUGGAAUUAAAAAAGAAACAUACCUUCGAAGGACGCAAUAAAAAGCAAAAAGAAAAUUUAACAUAUCUAACAAACGGUAAUAUUGAAGAAAAAAAGCAGAAAAAAAAUGUUUUUGUCCCAGCGAAAUACACACCCACACAUACACAAAAAACAAACAGAGAAAGAAGAAAAUUGUCUAUUUUUUUAAACUGCUCUACGAACAGCAAAACUAUGAGAAGCUAAAAGCACUUAGUGAGCACGCUUCAACUUUCGAUCAGUCAGAUUCGAAUGCGUGUAGGUAUUCCGAGUACGGUCUAAGAUACAGUCAUUUAAGCGAAGCAAAGUUCUAUUAGCGCGUGUAUAAAUCAUCUAGGUCCCGCCAUUCGGGGCCGUCGAGACGGUGUUGGCUCGACCCUCUUUCCAGUGUUUUGUUUGUAAUUAUUAUCAUAAUCUAGAUAGGUAGCAGGCGCUCUGCUCUGGAAAAUGACGAAUAUCACACCACACACACACGGUGGUAAAUGUAAAUAGUGCUUUUAAGAGGCAGCCGAAGCAGCAACCAACAAUACAACAACAGUGCGCUGGAAUGUUAUCAGAAACAAAAUAAACAAAGAGUCCAACCAACUCGAGCUGAGAAUUAACCGAAAA